GAGACGUGAACCACAGACAUCCAACUUGAUGACUAGAAUCUAGAUCUGUUCCAAGCAACAGUAAAAGGAAUUUGUGCAACUCCGCCUAGCCGCCACAUUGUAAUCAAAAUCUGACAUGACCUCUAGGCCCGUUGAAAUUGCCAUUUCUAGUUAGUAUGACUAUUGUUAACUGGACUUCACGGCCCAGUGAUCACAUGGUCACGUGACCCACGUUUAAAGCUCCCGCACAUUGCAGUCGCUACCACAAAGAAUUGUAGCGAUUCAAAAGGAAAGAGUUUCUUCUUUGACCAGUGAGAUUCCGUCAUUUCUAACAUUCUCUGUUCUCGAAUCUCGUUGGCUGGCUGACGAAUGCCUUCCAGCUGACUCAGCCAAUGAGCUGUUCACACCUUUUUUGCUUCGUAGUCCCCACCGGUCAAUAUUGUGGUAGCGAUGGUCUGUGGUGUGAGUCUGACAUGUAGUCCUAUCACCACAGCUGUGCAUUAGACUAGACAACUGAAUGUAGUAACUCUGCUGUGUUUCUGCCUGAUUAAAGGGGCACCGAGUUCGCACUGAUAAGUCGGUUAAUACUCUGACCUUUAAACUCAACAACACAUGCAGAUCUGUAUGUAAUUAUUAUCUACAAUUCAUUCAGUGAGAUGCGACAUCAGAAAUCCAGGUUGUAGCACAAAGAAAUCAGUGUUAAGAUAUGUCAGAAGUGAACCAUCAAUCUACAAGAGCAGCCGAGGAGUUCAAACUUAUUGUCACGACAUCAGCUGACUAAACAAAACAUCACCAUUAUUUUUGGACCUUCCCCAGAGUUUAAAGCGAGGGCAAAAAUGACUAGCUCACAUAGUAUUACCAAAGAUCUGCUGACAGACUUCAGCCAAUUUCCAGAGCCUGACCACCAUAUUGAUGUAGGUCAAUGGGUCAGAAAGAACCGGAACCUUGAAGGCGUUCCCUCAGUUGACGGCAGCAACGGAAGAUGUUCCAUGGCGUUUAAUGAAUAUAUUGCUGGAGCAGUCGGGGGUAUGGCUGGUGUGUUGGUCGGGCACCCUUUCGACACGAUGAAGCUUCAGAUGCAGAUUCGCACGGUUGGAGAACACAACGUCAGUAAAAUCUCUGAAGCUUGGAGCUGUAUCAGCAGUCAAGGACUGAAAAAAGGAAUAUUCCGUGGGAUGAUGUUUCCCUUCUGUUCCUACGGUGUUGUGAACUCUCUUCUGUUUGGAGUGUACGGCAAAGCUUUGGACUAUCUGGAGCCAGACAUGACUGUGAAGCCUUCCUACUUUCAAGUGUAUACAGCUGGGUGUAUGGCUGGCACGGCUCAGCUGGUCCUGGCCUGUCCUAUGGAGGUGGUCAAGUGUACUCUACAGGCGCAAAUACCUGUCAUCAAGCCUUCAUCUGUUUUACACGGGAAACCUGCGGAGAUAAAACAUUACCAUAGUGGACCUCUGGAGUGUACUAAAGACAUCUUAAGAAGAGAGGGAAUUAGAGGACUUUAUAAAGGUCUCAUGACAAUGUUUUUCAGGGAUGUGCCAAGCUUCGGUCUAUACUUGCUCGUAUACGAGUGGCUGCAUCAGCACAUGAUACGUACUGAGUAUUCCGAUGGGCAUGGCAUCAUCGCUGCUAUUUUUUCUGGAGGCACAGCUGGCUGCGUCUCAUGGGCGGCUAUCAUGCCAUUCGACGUCAUCAAAAGUCGACUUCAGGUUGAUCACAGUCUGCGGUAUAAAGGAUUUAUGGAUUGCCUUAUAAAUACAGUGAAGAAAAGCGGGAUCUCGGUCCUCUACAGAGGGACCAUGGUCACGAUGCUCAGAGCUUUUCCCGUCAACGCUAUUACAUUUGUUGUGUACUCCCAGGUGCUACGAGAACUCAACAUUAUCUAUUCUCCCAGGAAAAAAGAAAAACAAGAGAAAAAUGUGUCUUAGCCACGUCCCUAAGCUAAUCUUUUUUUCUGGGCUCAGUAUAGGACGUUUGAUCAAGUAAUCCAUUAUAGAACUUCUUAUACAACAUCAAGUAGUCUAUAUAUGAGCAUCUGAUAUAGCAAGACGUUAUCUUAUAAAACGUCUUAUUCAGCAUCACGUUUUCUAUUUUAGGACGUCUUAUACUGAGUCAGGUUAUCUUAUAGGACGUCAUAUAGGCCUAUAGCAUUGAUUAUCUUAUAGCAGCUUUUAUACAUCUAUCUGCCUCAAACAGAAUCAAGCUAUUUAUUAUAAAACGUUUUAUACAGGAUCAAGCUAUUUUAAUUGGAUGUUUCACAGAGUAUUCGUCCUAGAAUGUCGUAAACUGCACUAGAUGUUUCACAGAGUAUUCGUCCUAGAAUGUCGUAAACUGCACUAGAUGUUUCACAGAGUAUUCGUCCUAGAAUGUCGUAAACUGCACUAGAUGUUUCUAUCACUGAACAUCUCCCACACUAUGAAAAACUUGAUUUAAUGACGCUUAACAAAUGAUCAUCUUCUUUACACCACAUGUCCACUUUUUUCAUUCUAAGAAUAUUUUUUCACAGCAUCCAUUUCUUCAUCGUUGGACUAUUCACAUUAUCGUCGUCUUAAUUAUAAGAUUAUUUAAUUAUAAGAUUAUUUAAUUGUAAGAUUAUUCACAAUAAUUUUUUACCCCGAACUAUUUCAUCAAUACUACAUUUGACAAGUUGUACAAACUAAAAGAUUCCAUGACGUCUUUCACAGCAUUCAUCUCAUCAAUGUAAACGCCUGGAAUACUCUGUAGCGACGCCUCUAUAUAUCUAUUAUUAAGAUGUCCGAUUCAAGAUAAACGUGUUUAUUUUUGACAUCUUACAUUACUAUCUUUAUGACGUUGCACAUUCCCUUCGUUAUAAUGACGUUUCAUUUGGUAAAAAAUUCGUCUGACACUUUAUCAAGUUGUCUUUAGUACAUUUGAUAGGAACUUUCACAAGUGACAUUAGUUUUAGAUCCACACAGUAUUAUCAUUCAAGCUUUACAUCAGCACAGUAUUAUCAGUCAAGUUUUAAAUACAGUAUUAAUAGUCAAGUUUUACAUGCACUCAGUAUUAUCAGUCAAUUUUUACAUCCGCACAGUAUUAUCAGUCAAAUUUUAAAUACAGUAUUAAUAGUCAAGUUUUACAUCCACUCAAUAUUAUCAGUCAAUUUUUACAUCCGCACAGUAUUAUCAGUCAAAUUUUAAAUACAGUAUUAAUAGUCAAGUUUUACAUCCACUCAGUAUUAUCAGUCAAUUUUUACAUCCGCACAGUAUUAUCAGUCAAAUUUUAAAUACAGUAUUAAUAGUCAAGUUUUACAUCCACUCAGUAUUAUCAGUCAAUUUUUACAUCCGCACAGUAUUAUCAGUCAAAUUUUAAAUACAGUACUAAUAGUCAAGUUUUACAUCCACUCAGUAUUAUCAUUCAAGCUUUACAUCCGCACAGUAUUAUCAGUCAAAUUUUAAAUACAGUAUUAAUAGUCAAGUUUUACAUCCACUCAGUAUUAUCAGUCAAUUUUUACAUCCGCACAGUAUUAUCAGUCAAAUUUUAAAUACAGUAUUAAUAGUCAAGUUUUACAUCCACUCAAUAUUAUCAGUCAAUUUUUACAUCCACACAGUAUUAUCAGUCAAUUUUUAAAUACAGUAUUAAUAGUCAAGUUUUACAUCCACUCAGUAUUAUCAGUCAAUUUUUACAUCCACACAGUAUUAUCAGUUAAGUUUUACAUCCACUCAGUAUUAUCAGUCAAUUUUUACAUCCACACAGUAUUAUCAGUUAAAUACUUAACAAUAUUGUUUUCACAACGUCACUGAUUUCUCUAUCGAGUCAAUGUAAGUGUCUAUCAAAAUGGCUUCUGUGUCACUCGGCAAUGACGUCUCGCACUGUAAACGUCACCAUGCCUACGUUUUGUAUGACGUCUUUACAUAGAAGUGUUUCUCUGGAGAUUGACGGGUCUAUCUGGGGAUGGAUGGGUCUAUCUGGGGAUGAACGGGUCUAUCUGGGGAUGGAUGGGUCUAUCUGGGGAUGAACGGGUCUAUCUGGGGAUGGAUGGGUCUAUCUGGGGAUGGAUGGGUCUAUCUGGGGAUGAACGGGUUUCUCUGGAGACGGACAGAUUUCUUUGGAGAUGGACUAGUGUCAUAAUAACUCUAUAUAGGCAUCGGUUCAAUAUAUCUUCACUCUAAAGAAAUCUAAAGCAAAAUACUACGACUGUGUGUUACGGUGUUUGGUUUCACGCCAAGUGUCAACAAUUGAAUUAAGUUAUAUUUACUUAGGAAUUAGAUUACAAUUGGUUUGAGGCGUUGGCGUUAAGAUUAAGAUCAAAGUAUAGUCUAGUUUUACGUUUGAAGUAAACAAACAAACAUUUCUUUUUUUUUUAAACGAUCUAGAAUUUAUUUUUAAUACAAAUAUUUGUAAUGCUUUUGGAUUCCUUUUGUAUUGACCUAGUGUACGUGACGCUUCUGUAAUUGAAUCUUUGUCACCAGACUUUCUCCUCACCUAAUAGGUGAAACUUGUCAUGAGAUUUAUCGAAUGUACAUUCGUGUCAAUAGAUUUAUUUGAGUUGUACACAGUAAAUAUGUGUUGAAGAGUUCUUAGGAUGUGUUGUACAUUCUAAAGAUGUGUUUACUAAAGAUGUUUGUUUGUACAUAUGAGUUAUAUGGAUAUGUUUGUAGUUUGUACAUAAGAGUUCUAUGGUUAUGUUUGUACAGAGAGUACUAUGGAUAUGUAGUAUAUAAAUGUGUACAAGAAGGGAUGUAUGAAUGUGGUGUACAAAUGAGACCUAUGACUGUGCUGUAUCAAUAUAAAUAAUCUGAUUUAUUUUUUAUGAUAUGUAUUUACAAUCGGGUGAAUCUGAUGCGCUGUAUAUCCAAUUCUUCGUUUAUGUUUUCUAAUGGACAUCUCAUCCAAAUUAGAAUGCUUUAUCUUGUCAUAUAGUUUUCCAUCUUUAAUGAUACUUUUGAAAUGCAUUGUUAAAUGAAUAAACACACGUCUUAGAACGAGUUUUAUAUAAACCUAUAAAUAUAAUCCAAAUAUCGUCACAUCUUAUCACUAGCGGAUCCGGGGGGGGGGGGGGAGGGGGGCGGUACGGGUGAUCGCCCCUCUUCCCACUCGGCCGACCUGCCGGGGGAUGAAUUUUAUUUAAAAAAAACACACAGUUUGUUUAAAAAGUAUUUACUUUGCUUAAUAAUAUAUACUAAUUAUUUAUAUUUUAACCGAUUUUUAGAUUAUGCAUCCCCCCCUCAUCUGGCAGAUUCUGUUGAGGGAGGUGGGGGAAACUAACCCUUC